AAUCCGAUUAAUUAUUUUAGGGCUGCGAGUAUAAUAGUGCGGGAGGACGGCACUCACCUGCUUCGCGUCGACAAAGAGGAUUUCAACCGGAUUUUACGGGACGUCGAGGCGAACACGGUCCGCCUCAAGGAGCACGGGAAAGACGUGCUCGUCUUGGAGAAAAGUUCCUCGCCGAACUCACAAUACAAAUAUGUUGUUAUGGCAUGUACUGCGAUGAGGAUGGUCGAACACCUCCUAGAUUCCAGAUUGGAUACCAACACGGCCGCCCACGACCCAGCGUUGGACGAUUUUCUUCUCACACAUGUACUUUUCAUAUCGACGAGACAUCUGGUUCAAGAACUGCGCAAACAUUAUACCAUGGAUACUCCGCUUCAUGAUAAAGAACAAUCGGACGGACACAAAAGAAAAGUGAUUCUGUUCGUGUACCGAUGGGUCACGACGAUAAGGCAUCCAGUACUUGCUGAUUCAAACGCGGUCGCUUUCAUCGAGGAAUUAGCGUCGGAUUGUGAACACGAGGGAUGGGAAGAAUCUGGACUGAUGCACAGGGUGACGGCGCAGAUCACCAGACACCGCGAAUCCUCGACAGUCGUCAACAGAUGGAAACUGCCGCCUUCAGGACAGCCAAUUUGCCUUUUUUCCCCGUCUGAAACCGGAGGGACGUUGAUAAAGUCCCACGAUGACAUAAUUUUCAGGGUGUACUGCGCGGAUCACACUUACUGCACCCUCCGCAUGCAGGUGUCGGCGACGGCCGAACAGAUCAAAGUCGCCGCGGCGGACAAACUGGGGAUCAGGCACAGGCCGGAGGACCUGUUGCUCGCUGAGGUCAAAAGCAACGGUGAAAGGAUUACUUUCAGGGAUUCUGAAGUCAGCAUACCGACCGCGCUGACUCUGAAUGGAAAGAUCUUCGUCGCGCCAAAAGAGCAUUUGGACGCAUUGACCAUCAUACCCGAGCAGGAGAUACCGACCGAGGGGCUGGAACUAGACCUGGAGGACGUCAGUGCCAAAGAGAUGGCAUACCACCUAACGAUGUUCGACUGGGAGCUAUUCUGGAAUAUCCACGAAUACGAGCUUCUGUACCACACGUUCGGUAGACACAGGUUCGGACAGAACACUGCCAAUUUGGACGUUUUUCUCAGGCGAUUCAACGAACUCCAGUACUGGGUAGUCACCGAGAUCUGCCUGACGCAGAGUCUUAGCAAAAGGGUCCACGUGCUUCGAAAAAUCAUCAAAAUCGCAUCUUACUGCAAGGAGUUCCACAACAUCAACGGCAUGUUUGCUCUGGUGCUCGGCCUGAGCAACGUCGCAGUUUCCAGGCUGUCAGCCACCUGGGACAAGCUGCCGAGCAAAUCGAGGAAGCUUUACACCCAGCUCGAGGCGACCAUCGAUCCAUCUAGGAAUCACAGGGCGUACAGGGCAGUCGUAACCAGUAUGAGCAGCCCUCUCAUACCGUUCAUGCCUCUGCUGCUGAAAGAUAUGACGUUUAUACACGAAGGGAACAAAACAAUGGUCGAUGGCCUGGUCAAUUUCGAGAAGAUGCACAUGCUCGCGCAAACCCUACGAACACUGCGAUACUGCCGCAACAGGCACAUGGUCAUUGACCCGCCGACGCCGAAGAACGAGUCCGAAGUCAGAGCGUACGUCAGGUGUCUCCGGACGAUCGACAACCAGAGGACGCUGAACAGCCACUCGCAAAAACUUGAACCGAGGAGGUCGUAAAUUCACAAUUUAAAAUUCUUCCAGGCAGCCUGCAAUUUUAUCAAAAUAAGAACAAAAACGUUUUUUGCCCUUUUUUUAAUAUCCGAAGCCAAAGAUUUUCAAAAUUACAAAUUAUCAAAAAGAAUAUUUAUAAAAUUUAAAAAAACCUAAGAACACCAAAGCAUCUUAGCUAUAGUUUUAUCGCAAUACUUUUGUAAAUAAUAUAAAUUUUUAAUCUUUUAUAUAAUAAAAAAAGAAUAAAAAAUUAUUGAAUUCUAGUCAUUACAUAUAGUAUUCUAUAAAAAUUAUUAUGAAUUUUGUUUUCGAUCCAAUUAUAAAAAAGAAUUUUAAUAUUUCAGAUAUAUAUUUUUUCCUACUAUUACUACUAUUUGCUACUUACUAUCUUAAGCCAAUUGUUUACUACGAAAUGGCUAGUAUUUUAACUAUCACUAAAAAUCAAAAAUGCUUUACUUUUCAUAUUGGAAUAAUUAAUUUGUAGAGUUACUAAAAAAUGCUUAGUACUUAGUAAUAGAUACCUUUUAGUUAAAAUUUAUCAAACCGAUGGAUCGAAUUGUAAAAGAAGAUGACUCCAUGAACUUUUUUUUAACUUUGACAGGGCAUAAUCAUGGGGGAAAUAUAUUGAAAACGGGACGGAAUUCCAGUAUAUGUGAUCGUUCACUUCCUAAUCGUGAAAAAAAUUUUAAUCUAACGUUAGAUAGUUACUCUAUAUAUUUUUGUUUCUCUAACACAAAAUGAGACAAUCAGUAUAUCGGUAAAACGGCUCUUUUGCGGAUUUCAGAGAGGAAAAAGAGAAAAUCAGAAAUGUGAGUGCCUUGCUGGUACAUGAACCAAAUAUGUUGUACCUACAUAAUUGUAUCCCUUUAUAACUUUUUAAUUUAUAUUUUUAUUAUUUAUUUUUGAUUUUUUUAAAAGAUAUCGCUUCUAUACCUACUUUAUUUGUGUUGAAUAAAUGUGAUGUUGUAUCUUUAGGUUAGUUUAUACUUCUAUGUAUUGCUUCCUUUAAAGUUAAAGAUGUUCUAAGUAAUUUUAAAAAAUUAAUUAAAAAUUUUUAAAUUUUUUUUCUAAAUCUGAAUAAAUAAACUGGAUUCGUGUGUUGUCAAGACCAAUUUUUAUUUCAAAUUAUAUCAUUGUCGACCAAGAACAAGUCUAAGUGAUUUAAAAGAAAAUAGUGAUACACAUUUAUCAAAAACUCCAAUAGAAAUAAUAGUUUUUGAACAUUUUGUGAAUAAAGUCAAUUUUUCGCCCAAGCCAAUCAUGUCAAAUUAUUGUCAGACGGAAUUAACGCAGAAGAAUAUUUUACGAAAUUACGAAGAGGACAAAUGUAUUUAAAAUGUAAUAUUUCCUUAAAAAGAAUUCUAUUGUAUCCUAAGUAUUUGCAAUAAAAUAAUCAAACUUUAAA